UGACACCACGGGCUGAUUAGCCAUCAAUAACAAUCUACGCCCUAUCCCAAAAGUUUAACACAUCCAGGGAUAAAUUAUUAUCCGUUCGACGGCGUUUGCGUGUGUAUUUGGCAUACGGUGAAAUUAACAACGCAAGGAUAUUGGGCUGUUCGGUCAAUGUGCAUCGUUGGACAAUGAUGAGGGAAAGGGCACCCCCAUAAAUGCCUCCGCCAAAAAGGCGUUUUAUGUGUGCUGUGAUUACAAAGUUCGUUCGUAACAGACGACACAAGCAGGGGUUAAAACAGGAGCUGCUAACAGUGUGGUAGCGUUGACCAGCGUACCAUAUUUUUUGGUAAAAACCAAUUGCAAAGCCAGGAUAAAGGGGACGCAACUUCCGGUAUGAAGGUACAAUACUGGAUCGGUGUCAUAGCAGCUAUUUUAUGUGCCGUGUGCGUAUAUUCGCCCAUUUUCUUGUACUUUCUUCUGUUCGUCAUCUACUCGCUAGUACUGAUUACCGUCGCGGUGUUUGGUACCAUCUAUGUGCAUUACAAACUGACAAACCGCGAAUCAGUUACCUACGUCAGCCAAGGUCUAGACGAUCAAACAAAUGUCCUUUACAAUGCCACCAGAUCAUCGCUGUUUGGGCAAGGUUCUCCCGGAGCAUCUCCGACGUCCCGUGCAUUUGGUGGCCGUGGAACGAACGGGAGUGGAAGCACCAACACCGCUCCGGUCAGUACCGGUCAGUUGCCGAUCAUUUUUGGCCGCACGGUUGACGGACUGCUGCAACAGAUCAUCGACAACACGAUGCGGGAUCUGGUAGGACCGGCACUGGAGACAGUUGUGGCGAACCCACGCCGCAUCGUGGAGUUGCUUCGCGAGGAUAUUUGGCUCGGUAUAGAGAAGCUUCAUGAACGAGCUGCCCGAAUCGAUGCACCGAAACUGAUAGCCUGUGACUUUGUGCAAAAAGUAACAACGCAUUUGCAAAAGAUUCGACAGUCAGGGAAGGUGGAAACAACGCCGGAAGCGUUUGCUGAUGGCACACACGAAUCGAUUUUAACUGCGUCCUACCUGGCCACGGCGGAGAAAGAGCUUGACUUUUUAAAAAAGAUCAGUGAGAUACUGAUUAUAUUUCUUUUGCCACGAGGAUACUCUCUUUCGCCCGUCAAAGAUUUGCUCAGCGAAGUGAUCGCCUACCGUGUGCUACAUCCAGCGAUACGUUACAUGACGGCACCGGUCUUUAUCAACCAACAGAUCGUGGAAUAUAUCGAGACACGCCUGGUGGCGGUUGCAAUACAAAAGCGUAGCCACGAAUAUGCCGCCAACUUUGAGGAUUUUCUGCGCAUCAUAGAAAUGACGCAAACGACCGACGAGCUGCAUUCGAUACGGGCAAGCAUUGUGAGUGAUAUUCGACAGGCGACGACCAUGCAGGCGAUGCAGCGGGCUCGCGGUGGGUUUGCAAUGGCACCAACUGAUACAUCCGGCACAUCCAACGCAUCCGGUAUGGUCGAAAAUGGUGGGCAUAAUGAUGGUGAACCAGCUGCAACGCUCCGGCUCAAGCGUUACAUCCAGCAGCUGUCGUUUGCUAAAAGUCAGUGCGAAAAAUGUCUGACACGGCUUGGUUGGGAAGGAUGCGUUAGCAAUGACGUAGAUCUGGCCCUUGCAGACAUUUUAUCAACGGUAGCAGGUCGGCGUGCUUUAACCGCGUUUCUGGAACCGAUGAAUGCUGCCAGUCUGGUAGGGUACUAUACAACGGUGGAGGAACUGCGUCGCGCCGCUCGUUCCGCAUGGCAUCAGCUCGGGGCGGAGAUUUUCUACACGUACAUCCGGGCCCCCAGCUCGGAGAUUCCCCUGGAUAAGGCAACGCGCAAGCGCAUGGAAGCGUUUCUGGUCGGUGACGUCGGCGGUCCGGACGUAUUCUACGAGGUGCAGCGGGAGUGUUUGGCACUGUUGGAACAAAAGUAUUAUCAGCCGUUCCUGCUGAGCGAUGAGUAUGUGCGUCUGAAAAAUUCACUGACGCAGGAUGAGUUUAAGGAGAUCAUUACAUCGUGCGGUGGUAAUCCAGCGGGCAGCAGGGACGUGGGUGGUGAGUUGAGUAGUUCACUGCAGCACACCACCCACGAUAGUCAGGAAAGUCAGGAGAGUGGUGGCAGUGUGGUGAAUGGUGUCGAUGGUGCCAACGACCCAGCGCUAGCAGAUCUCAGCAAUCAUUCGCAGUACGCGCGCAACAAACUGGAUCGUUUGGACGAGAAGCUGGCGAACAAGCAGCAAGCGCUUGAAGCGUUAAAGCAUUCGUUAAAACCGGACUCAAAGCUGUUGCUGAUGUUGGAGCGAGAGAUUAAUUGGUUACGGGGCGAACGACGUCAGCUCGAGUCACAUUUGCUGCGCACGGCAGUUUGGGGCGAGUAUCUCGGCAGCUGGCGUGCUAUAGUGGAAAGUGUGGACUUUUCAGAUGACCGCGAACCGCCACAGUUUAUGAUCGUGGUGCAGGUGGACGAGAUGAACGACUACGGCAGUGGGACGCGCGAUGAUACUGUGGUCAUGACAGCCCUAGAGGCCACCGACACCAUCUCGACCGGGUGGGUUGUGGUUCGUUCGCUGGCCCAGUUCCACACCCUGCAUCGGAAGUUGCGCCCAAUGUGUGCGGAGCUGCGACAGCUCGAUCUACCCUCGAACAACGCGUUCAAGCUGUUUCUACUUAAGAAUGAUCGCGCAUUGUUGGAAAAAGCCAAGGCACAGGUGCAACGCUACCUCAGCUUCAUUUUAGAGGAUGACCACUUGAACCAAAGUGAGGUGGUGUACGAAUUUCUAAGUCCCAGCUCCGACCGCUUGAAGCAGGGCGUAGUAGCGAAUAAUCCGUCACCGUCGAAGAAACCAUCUUCUAAAUUUUCGCUAGCAACUAUAUUCCGCAGCAACAGUGACAAGCUAGAGCAGUUGUGGAAUGUGGGCGGUACGGAACGUCCGUUUGUUGGAGACCAUGACGCGUUUACGCCGGAGGAUGCUGAUCAAGUAUCGCUGUACCUGGAAGGUGGACCGGCCAGUGGAGCAUCGUCCACUGCCUCCCCAUUGAUUGACGGUGCGCCGGUGGAGGCACGCGACUCGAUCGCCGAACCACUGUACGCUCUGCUCGGGGAAAUAUUCGAUCUCGGAGGUGUGUUUCGGUGGUUGCGUAAGAGCCUGAUUUCGUUCGUGCAGAUUACGUACGGGCAGACGAUAAACCGUCAGCUGCGAGAAUCGAUCACUGCGCUGUUCGAUGAGCCAAUGCUGCACGCGUACGCCAGUGCCGUACUGCGUAGUCUGUGGCCCGGUGGUGCAUCACUACAGACAGGCAACGGUGUAAGUGGGGCGCGAAUUCUGGCACCGGAACGCACCGAGGAUGAACGGGAGAUGAUCAUGAACGCCGCACGGUCACUAUUACAGGACAACAUACCGGAGUUGCUUUGCAGCCUGAUCGGGGCACAGAACGCACGGCAAGGUGCACUGAAGCUAUUCGAAGUGUUACAGAACCCACUCUACAACAAGCAGCUGUUUUAUGAUUUGCUCGAAACGCUAAUGCUAGAACUGUUUCCAGAGAUACGACAGCUUAAGCCUGCUGCAAGCAGUAACACUAGCAUCAACCCGAUCGUUACUGCCAGCAGUGGUGACAGCACCAGCAGCGGUAGCGUACAGCCGAGAGAAUAUUAUCAUCAACCAUCCGGAGUGUCGUUGUCUUCACCAACGUCAUCACCCCCAACGCCGAUGGGUGGGGUCGGUUCCGCUUCCGGUACACCCAUUCGAAGCAUAUCAUAAAACACGCAAUCGAAUUUGAUCUUUAAACUGCUGUUCGUAAUAUUUGGUGGAUCAUCGAUGGGAAUUCGUUAUUUGUUUUGGUUUUGUUUCUUCACAGUUGGUGCAAUUGUUUUAGUUUUAUUUUAUUUUAGUAUUAUUUAGUACAUUUCUGGAAGCAUGGGAUUUAUUUACAUUCCCUUUAUGUUACGUUUAUUUUGCGCUGUAAGAUUUUUAAUGCUGCAUCCUUAUUGGUAUCGAAUAUUGUGAUUGAACUGUGACUAUGAACGUUUACACAGAGGAUUAUUGAAGCGUGAAUGAUUUUUGCACAAAUAUUUACCUUAUUUCGACAGUACGGUGGUGGUUAUGGUACGGUCGGUAUCUUAACAAGCUAGUCCAAACAGAACGAAAUGUUUUUAAAUGACAUAUAACAUUAUGUAUUUAGUACGCUUUUUUUGUUAUUAUGAAGUAGGUAAUUGAGGGGUCUUUUUCUGUUGAAAAUUAUUCAGACUAGUUCAUUAGUUCAUUUAACGAAAUGAUUGUGGGGUUCAACUUGAACGCCGACAGUAGCGAAAUCAUACAUUCCUUUCGGCUCAACCGGUAAAGCAUGUAUAGAUGUGUAGAUGCAUCCGGAUGCAAUUCGAACAAUUGGAAAGUGUUGAAAUGCGAUCAAAUGUUGAGCUACGCACCUUUCGCAGUGCACUAAUGAUAAUGAACGUGCUGUAUUAUUUAGAUGGAUAUUGUACACAAUUCACGGUAACGGGGCCUUUUGCUCGUUUGUAUGUGUAGGGAAUUAAAAAACAAAAAAAAACAACAUGGAAACUGAAUGUUUGAAUGGCUUUUCCUCUCUAUCCCACUCCCCCUUCAUGUCUUGUGCGGAAAACAUUAAGAUGCAGGUUUUUUAUAUUCACUUUCUUCAAUCUCGGGCAUAUUGAUACCGCUGGAAGUGUAACGCGAUAAAGUGUAACUAAUGUUAGUGGAUGUUGCAAAAUCCCAAUGUGAUUGUCAAGUGAUCAGUAAUCAGGCGAGUUUAUGUGCAAAGAAAAGAAAAAAGGAAACAUAACAAGAACAAACCAAAGCAACAAUGUAUAAAGCAAGUACUUCGAGGAAAUACCCUUCCAUUAUGCUUUUAAAUGUGCUGUGAGUGAAUCAAACUACAACCGUGUGCAAGAUUUAUAAGCUGAUAGAAAACGAAAACAAUGAUAAUAAUA